CCCGCCGCCUUCUCCUCCUCGCGCCGCCCGGGCUCAGAGCGGCGGCAGCAGCGGCCGCGGCAACAGCUCCGGCUCCGGCUCCGGCUCCCGCUCCGGCUCCCGCUCCGGCUCCCGCUCGGCCCCGCGCGCCCGGGCCCCGCGCCCCGACCCCGCCGCCGCGCCUGCCGGGGGGCCUCGGGCGCCCCCGCCGCCCGCCUCACGCUGAAGUUCCUGGCCGUGCUGCUGGCCGCGGGCAUGCUGGCGUUCCUCGGUGCCGUCAUCUGCAUCAUCGCCAGCGUGCCCCUGGCGGCCAGCCCGGCGCGGGCGCUGCCCGGCGGCGCCGACAACGCCUCGGCCGCCUCGGCCAGCGCCGCCGCCGCCGCCGCCGCCGCCGCCGCGUCCCCGGGCCCGCAGCGCAGCCUGAGCGCGCUGCACGGCGCGGGCGGCUCGGCCGGGCCCCCCGCGCUGCCCGGGGCGCCGGCCGCCAGCGCGCACCCGCUGCCGCCCGCGCCCCUCUUCAGCCGCUUCCUGUGCACGCCGCUGGCGGCCGCCUGCCCGUCGGGGACCGAGCAGGGCGACGCGGCGGCCGGCGAGCGCGAGGAGCUGCUGCUGCUGCAGAGCACCGCCGAGCAGCUGCGCCAGACGGCGCUGCAGCAGGAGGCGCGCAUCCGCGCCGACCAGGACACCAUCCGCGAGCUCACCGGCAAGCUGGGCCGCUGCGAGAGCGGCCUGCCGCGCGGCCUCCAGGACGCCGGGCCCCGCCGCGACGCCAUGGCCGACGGGCCCUGGGACUCGCCGGCCCUCAUCCUCGAGCUGGAGGACGCCGUGCGAGCCCUCCGGGACCGCCUGGACCGCAUCGAGCAGCAGGAGCUCCCGGCCCGUGUGAACUUCUCAGCCGCCCCAGCCCCUGCGCCCGCGGUGCCCACCGCCCUGCACUCCAAGAUGGAUGAACUGGAGGGCCAGCUGCUGGCCAAGGUGCUGACCCUGGAGAAGGAGCGCAUGGCUUUGAGUCACAGCAGCCACCGGCAGCGGCAGGAAGUGGAGAAGGAGCUGGAUGCGCUACAGGACCGCGUAGCCGAACUGGAGCACGGGUCCUCAGCCUACAGCCCCCCAGAUGCCUUCAAGAUCAGCAUCCCCAUCCGCAACAACUACAUGUACGCCCGCGUGCGGAAGGCGCUGCCCGAGCUCUACGCCUUCACCGUCUGCAUGUGGCUGCGGUCCAGGUCGGGUGGCAAUGGCCAGGGCACACCCUUCUCCUACUCCGUGCCCGGGCAGGCCAAUGAGAUUGUGCUGCUGGAGGCGGGCCACGACCCCAUGGAACUGCUGAUCAACGACAAGGUGGCCCAGCUGCCUCUGAGCCUGAAGGACAAUGGCUGGCACCACAUCUGCAUCUCCUGGACGACGAGGGACGGCCUGUGGUCUGCCUACCAGGAUGGGGAGCUGCAGGGCUCCGGUGAGAACCUGGCUGCCUGGCACCCCAUCAAACCACAUGGAAUCCUCAUCCUGGGCCAGGAGCAGGAUGCCCUGGGUGGCCGGUUUGACGCCACUCAGGCCUUCGUGGGUGACAUCGCUCAGUUUAACCUGUGGGACCACGCCCUGACACCUGCCCAGGUCCUGGGCAUUGCCAACUGUACCGGGCCACUGCUGGGCAACGUCCUUCCCUGGGAAGACAAGCUGGUGGAGGCCUUCGGGGGUGCAAAAAAGGCUACCUUUGAUGUCUGCAAGGGGAGGGCCAAGGCAUGAGGGGCCACCUCAUCCAGGGUCCCUCCCUUGCCUGCCAUUUUGGGGACCUUAUUUUGGGGGCACACAUUCCCUCCUCAGCCUACCCACACACUGCCCCCCCUCCUGCCCUGCUCCUGGCCGUGCCUCCUGUUUCCCCCACCUAUACCUACACCUCCAGAAUGCCCUGCCCUGCUAUGGCUGUCCCCUACCCCCACUUGGACGGGGACAAGCAGCUCAAGCCAACAGGUCAAGCCUGGGGUGAGUCCAGGACCUGGGGGAAGGUGGUAACAGUGCCCACAGCUCUGUCCGCUCUCUUGGCAUUAGACUAGAGCUGUCUCUUACCCCCACCCACCCUGGCCCAUCAGCCAUGUCUGAUUCCGCUGAUCUCAACAGCACAUCCCACCAGGCUGGGGGGGUGGGGGGGCGGCGGGAAGGACCUGCUAUCUCAGUGCUCCUGUCCCCCAUGCAACAGGCCUGGCCCCAUCCCCGUCAGGGCCACAACAAGCUCUAGAGCUGUCCCCUCAGCCUAGAAGGGCAUGACAGAGACAUAGGAGACUCAGACUCACCCCUCCUCCAUCUUUCCACCAGUUGCCCCUGAAGGGGCAAUGGAAUCUUGAUGGAGCCUCCCGCACCCUCUCUUCUUCCUCUUUCCUUGUUUCUUUGUGUGCAGUGGUUUGAAUGUUGGUUCCACGCCUGGCCCACCCCCACCUCAAUUUCCAGGACAUUCCCUUCCCGGCUCCAGCCUGAGGGAUCAAGACCCUAGGAGGCCAAAAGGCCAUAGUCACCCCUUGUGCUCGCCCACAUGUGUGCUAAGUGGCAGGUCCCCUCUCCUCCUCCGUGCCCGGGACAGGACCUGGGCCACUUCAGCCUGGCCUAGGAGCAGCUUGAGGCAGAGGCACUGCGCCCUGGGACCCAGGCUAUGGCAGAGUCGCAUUACCUAGCCCUUCUGCAUGGCCCUGCAGCCUCUGGGGGAAGGAAGGCAGGAAGGAACUGAGCAGGCAAAGAGGGGAGAAGGGUGGAGUGGUGUGCAGAGCACUGGAUGAGAAGGAGGAACCCAUGGUUCCUAGCCAGCCCCGCUGCUGACCUGCCGUGUGGCCUUCUGUAAGUCCCUGCUCUCUCUGGGCUCGUCUUCCUCAUUUGUGAGCUGAGGCCCUUGCUGUGGUCAUUGCUGAGAGCUCUCCAGAUCAAACGUGAGAUUGUCUGUGAUUCCACGUGGACAGGGUGGGGCCAGCCUGAAGCUGCCUAGCAACCAGGGGACGUAGCAGGGGUAGAUUCUGAGAGUUGGCAGCAGAUGGGAUCAUGGGCUGGGCAUGGGUCAGGGUCAGCAGCUGGCUCCAGAGAGUCAGGGGCAAAGGCAAGGGACUAGGCAGGCCAACUUCAUGCACAGAUUGUAAAAACCAGCUUUUCUGGAUUCCAACGCCCCCCCCCCCCCCCCGCCCCGCCAGCCUGGCACCCUUGCCUGUUUGAGAGUGUCUCACCCUGAGUCCUCACCGAUUCCCCCAAGAGAGUAGAAGGAUGUAAAAACUGAGUUAAAGCCACCUGGUCUGACCUCUUGCUUGUAUAGCUGGGGAAGAGCUCAGAGAGGUCAAAUGACUUGCACAGGAUCACAGAGCCCAAUGGGGCAGAGCCAGGACUAGAACCCAGGGCUUCUGAAUCCCUCUUCAGGGCUCUUCCCCUCCUAUGCCAUUCUGCCUGUCCACGAGUGUCCUCGAGUCCAGCCUUCGCCUGAGAGGAUGGACGUUUGGGAGGUCAGAAUGCUUUCCAACACGAACAUCUUCCCUGAUGACGCACAGAAACAUCUUGGCGUCCGGCCCCGCCAGGAAGUAGGGGGGAGGACAGGUGUGAACGCCAGGCACUCUGGCAGGAAUGGAAAGCUGAAAAGGCAGGUGUCCCUUCUGCCAGUCGCCUACCAGGUGUCUGGGCAGCUGCAGGCUACCGGGCUCGAGCAGGUACAGGUGCCUUUUGUCCCGCUUUCUGUUCCCCGUCUCUGCUCCCCGCCAGCACGUAACCUGAGGCAUGAGCUAUAGGCUGUGGGGCCGUUGCUGUGGAGGCUUCUCCAAAACUUGUUGCCGCCACCUCCCAGACCCUUGUUUCCAUUUCAAGAGCACAGAUAGACCGUUGGGCACCUCCAGCCCAGCUCCCCCUAGAAGAAGCAGCGAUGGCGCGCUUCUGCCAGAGACUGCUGAGACCUAGGUUGCCCCGGUAACAGCCAAUGACAUCAGCCCAAGUGCUGGGUCAAGCGUCUCUUAAUGACAUAUGCUGUUGCUGGGGUGACAGCGGAAUUCAGAACUCAGAUUUCGGGGACACUGGGCCUUAUUGGGUUUCUGUUAUUGUUUUUAAGGAAGCAGCUUUUGUGGAGGCCUGGGGGGAAAGAAAGGGUCUUAGGAGGAAAGUGACAGAACUUGUUUGAUGGCUGAGCCCACCCAGAGGCGUCCUCCCAAGUCCUUUAUGUUUUGUCAUGGUCAUAAUGAGACAUCUGACCUCAGUCCUGUGCUGAGUCACCCUGGUCAGCCCUCCGGAGGGAACAGGAACAAACCCGAGGCGUCAAGGUGCAGACCGUGAGUCCGGGCCAUCGGUGAGUGGCCUGGGUGACCAUUCCCAUUCCAGGAAGAUGCAAGCCUGGUGUCCCCACCCCUCCUUCAUCCAUGGACCGCUCUUCACCUCUGCCCAACGCCUGCCGUUUGGACUCCAGUUUUGGUCUUGUUCAGCUGCUCCUGGGCACAGCCGAGAAGACGGGGAAGGAGGAGCUAGAAAUGUCGCUCGGUUGCGUCCCUGAGCUGCUGUGGCUAACGAUGGUGCCAGGGCCCGUGUUCCUUACAACCUUGUCAGGCGCUGCGCUGAGCACCUCGCAUCAUCUCAUUUAUCCUCCCAACACAGUUAUGAGGUUGGAACGGUUUGGGGCCCCGUUAUACAAGGGAGGGAACUGGGGCACAGAGAGGUUAAGUAACUUGCCCAGUGUCAAUCAGCUGGCAGAAGAUGGAGUCUAGCGUUCAAACCAAACAGGUUGCAAAGGCACGGGCACCCCUGCUCUCUGUAGGGAGUGACACUUAGCAUCGUUGCUCCGGGUGGAUUUUGGCCUGAAGAGAUGCUUGACCCCAUUCACUACCCUCACAGGGUUUGUGAUGGAGGCAGAGGCCCGGGAUGGGCUGGCCCCAGGGCCAGGGUCCCCUUGGGUGAAGCCAUGGGAGGGGUCUCAGCCCCUUCAGGGAACAUGUGCCUCUGAAGUGUGCCCGCCACCUCAGCCCUCCUGGCUAGAGUUUCCAGGAGAAAUGAAAGGGAAGAGGAAGCUGGAUAGUCUCCCAAGUGUCCCAGGCAGGGAAGGGGGAAAAUGAUGUUUCUCAAACUCCUGCCUUGGGCCAAGCCCUGCGCCAGGUGCUUCACAGCUCUUAUCUGCCAGAUCUCCCCACCUUUGUGGCACGUUGUACCCCCAGUCAACAUCCCGAGGGGGCCGAUCACCUUGCCAUAAUUGUGCAUGACCUUGGACCACAGCUUUGGGCAGGAAGGAUUCUUCAAGAGGCCCACGCCUCGUUUUACAGAUGAGGGAAGGUGAGCGCCCCUCGGGGCCACCCAGCCGGACCCCUGGAGACCUGAUCUCAGCUUUCUGACUCCCCACAACGCAGUGGCCCCUACCCCCGCCCCCCCCCAAAAUUGGGUCCCUGCUCCUCUACAUUUCCCAGCACCUUGCCCUGAGCAGACUGGAGAAGGGGUCCCCUCCCAGAGAUGGGAUCAUUCUCUUCCCCUCUGUCACAGCUGCCUGCCACCCCAAAUCCCACCUCACCCCUGCUGGGUGGGGAAGGGGCUCGUGUGGGCCCAGGCUGAGCAGUGAGUGAGCGCGUCCAGCUGUCCGACACUGUGAAACUAUUGUACCCUCCUGGUGACCCACCGCCCCCUUCUCCUUGCCCAAUUUUGUACAUAAAGUGACAUGAGAUGCACCGUGUGUGUGUGUGUGUGUGUGUGUGUGUGUGUGUAUGUGUAUGAGCUAUGUCAUGGGUUUUUGUUACUUUUUUGUUUUUGUAAAUUUGAAUGUUCAAAAUAAACAAUGUUUACUCUGA